AUGACCAACCCUGAUGCAAAAGACGCCUGCAAACACACAUCCCUCUACUUGGACGUCUCACCGCACGCGUCUAAAGCAGGAUUUAAACGUCCAAAUAAGAGACAACGCAUCUCGGCGGCAACUCAAGAAGGACGCGUUCUCAAAGAGAUAGAGCUCCUAACCUGCAAAGAGCUCGUCGAAGAUGAAAUGGCCUUUCCGGGACCACUGGUUCUUCCUGGUGACGAUCUAGCUGAAGACCCAGAGUCGCCGCCACAAGACUUUAACGAAUGGAGGGAUGAAGAGGAAAGGAACCCGGUGACUCAAGAGAGGAAAACUAUCUACAUUGUGUCUAGUCCUUUAAUUGAGAAAAGUUUGUCCAAGAUGCAGGCAUGGUCCGUCUGUAGUUCUAGAAAUUCAGCAAAGAAACAAGAUACGGAGGCAGUCAGCCCUCCAGAUAUACGGGACAUUGUUGAAUAUCUAUCGGCAUUCUUCUACGGCAUGGACGUCAAGAUCUUCAAACAGCCCUUUCACUGGCAAAAAUGGGACAGCUACGAGGGUGCCGUCUUGAAAAGCUCGAAUACAGAGAAACGCAUUGGUCUCAGGACUCCCAGCGAAGAGCUCUUUGGAAUUCGCUGCCGCGCCUCACCAGAUGGGGUAUCUCCUAUGCAAGUCAACUUGAACGAUGUACUAGAUGCGCUGGCAGAAAACAUUCCCUCUGACGCACAUUCCAUCAUGAUACUACUAGAUCAGGACAUGUACGAAGGCGACGGGGACAUCUUCUGCGCGGGGCGAGCAUACGGAGGCAGUCGCAUCGCAGCCGUCUCCAAGUUCCGAGACCAGCCCUUGUGUGCGCCAAGGGACAAUGGUCACGCAUGGCCAUCCUCACAUUGCGCAGCUUACAUC